AAUAUAUGUAAUUAUUUAUAUAGCUGACAAAAAAAUUAUUUAUUGAUGAUAUGUAUAAAAUAUUAUUAAUUAUAUAAUUUUUUAUAUGGUGGUAUGCAUAGAAUACGAUUAAUUAUAUGAUGACACAUGAUAUAUAUAAUAGAGACAUGAAAAAAAAACAAAUAACAACAAAUUUUUAAAAAAAACAUAUCUGCAUGAGCAUCCGGAUCGCCCGGAUCAAAUUCCAGUGACUUAUUGAUACUUGAGUCGUUAACGUAAAAAUAGGAUAAUUUCGUAAAAAAUGCUAUGAAUUGUCAUAAACAGAAGUUUAUACUACCGCUAAUUCGACAUAUACCAAGAGCAACUAAUUUAGUGGCGGAUAAACUUGCAUGAGGCGCUUGGAGUUUUCUUUCAGCUGUGUUUUAUGUUGAUUCUAUUCCAUCAGUUUGGUUUUCCGAACCGGUAGGUUUAUUAUCAUAGUUUAGUUAUUGUUGUUAAAAAAAAUACUAACGCUGAUUAUAUACGUAUAUAAUUAAUUAUAUAACCGCAAUCUAUGACUUGGAUAUUUUUUCACUUUUUGUACUGAUUAAAAAGUAAUAUUUAGUUGAUUAUGGAGUAAAAAAAAGUCAAUUAAGUGUGCUGUUUAUUACUUAUGCUUUUCGGUGAAAAGUUCGAAAGGUUUCUUAUCUUGUCUUUUAUUUACACGGUAUGCUUUUAAUUUAAAAAAAAAAAAAAACAAAAGAAAACAAUCAAUUGCAUGUAGUGUGAAUGGUUGCAGUUGCAUUGCUUUUGGGGGUUAUAAUCAUACCUCUAUGUUUUUUUUUUCAACCCCGCAAAGAUUUUUGUUUUAAAGUAGCUUAGACAAGAAAACAAAUACUAGAAAAAGUAUAGUAGUAGAUUAAAUUAAAGUUACCAUAAAAGAAGCUUCGCCUAUCCUACUCAAAAUUAUAUAAUGUCAUACAUGAUUCGCUAAAAGAUUAUCUCAAUCAGCCGAAGUUUUUUUUAUUCUCAAUCAGCCAAAGUUAAAUGUUUGCUAUGUGUUCUCUUAUUGUUAAAUUUGCACAAGUUGUCUUGAUCAACGUAAUAACUGUAACUUUGCGUUCAUUUGCGUUCAUCUUCUUUGUGAAGGAAGAUUGUCUACCUUGUUGUAUAGGACUAGUUAUAUCCUUUUAACGUCCCAAACUCCGAACUAUAGUACAACCUAGCAUGAAGAGAAUGUUUCCACAUAGUUUGAUUAAAGAAGUGAUGUUCCACUUAAAUAAUCAGAUAUCAUUUUGUAUACCUACACUCCACUAGAACAACAUUCAGUCCUCUGUUUAAUUGUUUACCAUUUGCAAAUACCAUAAAUGAAAUUAUAGCCCAAACUAGAGUAUACAUAGGACCAUGUAUAUGAAACUCGGUACUAUUUAUACUGAAUCAUAUUGACACAAAAAGAAAAAAGGAAAAAAAAAAGAAAGAGAGACUUUUUAUACCACUUUUGCGAUGAUAUGAUCAAUUCUAGGAUUAGUGCGCUGAAAGAACGGCUAGUGCGUUUCCACUCAUUGCUUGUUCCCUCUUAACGCCAUUGCAUCAUCUAUAUUGUAUCCGAAUAUCAAUAUUUUUCUAAUUCAAGAUUUUUACUACCCAUAUCUUGAUUUCCUGAAGAAUCGGCACCAGAAGCUUACCCAUAUCAAAACAAAAAUAGACCAAAUUUCCUUAACCCCAACAUUUAAUGAAAUGUGGUUGCUUCUAAUUAGACCAACACGAAGUCAACAAGUUGAGAAAUGUACCAAUAUUUUUUUCCUUGUCCACUAAUUUCGGGUUUACGAAAAUAUUUUGAUCCCCGAUAUAUUGCUAAUCGUAAGAUUCAUGUUUCUUUAACUUUGUAUAAUGAUUAUAUAUAUUGGAACUCUUGUUAAGCAAUGCAUAUCCAUACGAUCGGGUAAUACCUAGCACUAAAUCAGUUAUUCAGAAAUUAAAAGAAAACUAAUGACAGAUUUGGUUUAGUUUUAUUUAUAUAAUAUAUUUAUUAAAUAAAAAAAUGUUUGAAGAUUGUAUAAUUUGUGGCUGCACCAGUGUGUAAUAAUUAUUGACAUCCCACAUAGUCUUAAGAGAAUUUGCACUGCACACACAAGACUUAUGAGGUAAUUAGGUCUAUACCGUUUUGACAUAUUCGAGGCAUCUAGAACGUGUGUAAUUGACGUUACUAACCCUUUUCUCUUCCUUAGUAAAGUAACCGGUUACCUCUUGUAUUUCUAAUAUAUAUUUUUUUAAUUCAUUACCAAACGGACACGCAUCUAAUAUGUCAGGCAAGUUGAUGUUUUGCAUUUUUCGAAACCUCCCUAUUUGGUAGUUGGUAUCGAAAACCGUGAUUCUCUCCAUCUUUUUUUACUAUAUUAUUCACCGUCGAUACUCUGUUCUUGUCAUUCCAAUCAGUUUCUAAACAGAUCUAGAUUCCACUUCGGUCGUAGUAAUCCUUCUAUGGAUCACAGCGAUGAAUCUCUUCCUCCACUACCACUUCCUCCCCGAAUGUUUGCGUUAGGGGAAGAACCCGAGGGAGUUAGGGUUACACCUUACCACAAACCCACAUCCAUUCGAAAAAUCCUCAACGCACUCGGCCCUGAUGAAGUCCGGAGGAUUAAGGAGACCCCGUUUGGAAAGCUUGUCGAAAUCGCAGAUAAACCCCCAUACUCCGGUCGGUUUGGCCGUUUUCUUAUAUCAAGACAGUUGAAAGUGGGCAAGAAGAACGAAGUCUGGUUUAUAUUUGCUGGCAAACCCGUAAGAUUCUCAAUUAGAGAAUUUGCUCUAGUCACAGGGCUCAAUUGUCGAAACUUCCCGCCGCGUACAAAGAAAAAGAGCUCGAAGAACCUAAUAGAGAAGCCUUAUUGGGGAGAGCUAUUUGGCUCUAUGAGGGAAGUCCCUGUCAGUUAUGUCAUUAGCAUGCUAAAGAAGAAGACGGUUGCUGAUACAGAAACGAGGAUCAAGUAUGCCCUGCUUGCUUUGUUGUCAGCCGUCAUUCUACCGACAUCGCAUAAUCCUAAAAUUUUGGAACAACACGCGGAGAAGAUAAAAGAUAUCGAUCAGUUUCUUGCUUACCCGUGGGGCCGUGUUUCAUUUGAAAUGCUCAUUAGUAGUAUAAAAGAGAGGGAUGAAGUCUCACUCUCACAGAAAACAAUUGCACUUAAAGGGUUUGUUCUAUCGAUACAACUUGUUCUGAUAGAAGCAACUCCUUCACUUACACGAGUAGUGCAAAGUGGGAGUUCCUCCGGUUCCGAACUUGAUUGUGAAGACGACGAUGACUUUGUGGACGAUGAUACCGAGAGAAAGAAAUGUAUCAAUCCGGCGCGUGUACGUGAUAUUGAUUCAUCUUCGAAGACGCAUGUUGUUUCCAUUAUUUCUGAUGGCGUGGAACUCGACAAUGUCGAGGACGAAAACCACAUUCCUGGAGAUGAGGAGGAUAUACUUGUGGCAAACUUGGAGAAGUGUAUUCACGAUGGUUUCUCAUUCCGGAAGUCCCAUUUUCUCGGUGGUGCGACCCUCGCUGAUGUCAUCCGAAUGCGCGAAGAAGCCGCAAAAGAAAACAACACCCGUAAAAAGAACAAGCGGAGUGUGAAUGCUAAUAGUGCCGACGCUGCUGACCCUGAUUAUGUUGUCUCCAUAUUGAAAAGUAGUCUAUCUGCGGACCUGUGUCGUAUGGAGGAAGAAAUUAAAAACCUUGGUCAGAUGUUUACGAAAUCGCAAAGUCAAAUGCGGUCUUACAUACAAGACAUGUUUGACACAUUUCAGAGGAACAUUAGUAAUAUGAUUCCUACCCCGUCCUCUGGGAGACACGCUGAUCCUCCGCAUGCCCAGCAAGCAGAGACCACUUUCAGCAGAGAGAAGACAACCACGGAGCCCAACCCCGGCGCACCACCUAAUGUUCCCGUAGCAAAUGCGUCGCACAAAAGGAACAAGUCAACGGGACGGACCGGUCAUUUUGAUCCAUGUGGCAGCAUACAGGACGCUAUUCAUUUUGCAGACCACGUGGCCCCACUGUCCGGAGAUGUAAGCCUGGAAGAAAAAGUCAUUAUCAACAUCAUUACCCCUAUCGUUGUUCCACUUGGCUUACGCAUACAUAUUUGUUUUCAGGUUAAUAUGGGCGAUGCCUCUCUAAACGAGGAAGGUAGCCCCGAAAAAUGCAAUGAUGGUAAUAACGAUCUUAAUCCUAGAGAGGAGCAGGUCCAUCCCGCUUAUUCAUCUGCUGACGGAGAAGCUCGGGAGGCUGAGGAAGAGGAUCCUGAAGAUGCGGUGGACAUGAUCAACAGUCCACCCUUGACGCAACCUGCACCAUUGGAUUUGACGGAACAUGCUAACAUCACCACAGCGGGGACGGGUGGAAGUCAUGCAGAAAGUGCCAAAGUAACGUCAUCUACUUCUUCCGACAGCAACCCACCAACUCCCAAUGUCAUCCCUCAACCGAGUUCCUGUUUGGAUAAUGCACAGUCUAAUUUGGCCUUCCCAAAGCCUACAUUCUCGCUAGGACUAACACAAGAAGAACGUUACCUUAGUAAAACAGAUCUGGUGGACGCUGAUGAAUCAUUGGAAGAGGGUGCAUCCAUUUCUCUCAAUGACGACCAAGAACCGUUUCCAGCAAACAGGAAAAGCAAGAGACAGAAAGUUGUGCCCCGUAGCCUCGUCGGAGACUAUCAGUGCGAUAAACGAUUCCUCACCCGAGCUUGGGAGGCCCAUGUUAACGCUAUACAUCGUGGCCCGGUAAUUGACUAUGCGGCUAAAGCUGCUGCUCUGGCCGAAAAGCUCCAAAAAGAAUUUGUCAUCGACGUUAGUGGACAAAGUUUAGACAGCAGUGACCUGUCUGCAAUUCUUGCGAGAUCUUCUCACUUAACUGCCAAGGUAUUUUUACAGUCUCUGUCGUUUUUAAGUGACCACUGGGUUUCAUGUCACCUCUUUGUGCACUGGACCUUUUAUUUUCAGGUGAUGGAUGUUCUCAUCCAUCAUACUCGAUCCUUGAUAGAAGCACUAUCCGAAGAGCGUCAACCCAGCAGCGUUGUUUUACUGGACACGAAGUUUGUUUCCCUACUGUCAGAGACUUUCGUCAAGUUCUCCAAGUGUGCUAAGAAAGAAAGCUAUCGGUUCCCAGCGGCUUUGCUUCAAUACCUUUGUGUCGGUUGCCCUAUCACCGAAGCUACUCGCAUAUACUUCCCUUUCAAUUUCGACAAAAAGCAUUGGGUAGGUGUCUGUCUCGACUGCUCCCUUUCAAAGGUUGUAGUGUUAGACUGCAACACUUCUCUCAGGACAGACGGCAUGAUCAACAAAGAAAUCCGACCCAUUUCCGAAAUGUUUCCCUUCCUUCUCAGGCGCGCGGCCAGACAAGUGUUUUCGAAAAAUCCAAAGGCACUAACCAUUGAGAGACCUCGUAUCGUCCCUCAGAACCACACCCACUUUGACUCCGGCUUCACCUCAAUCCUUUUAAUACAAGCACACGCAGUUGCAGGUCUUGAUCUAUGCAAAUGCAUCACACCCGAUGUGCUUGACGUCGAGGCCCAAAAGACAGCUGUGAUUGUCUACGAAGAAAAUGUUGGGGUCCUUUGAUAAUGCUUAAUCGUCUCUGCAUCAUUUUUUUCCGUUACUCUGUUUCGUUGGACUUUGGCUUUUUGGUUUUUUUGUACAUUUUCCAGACUUUAUGUUAUCUCGGACUCUUCUAAUGUUGCACCGGUUGCAAUCAAUGAAUGAUAUCUUAUUUGCUAUA